AGGAAUAACAACACUGAGGAUGCCGCUGCUGGUGCUUUGAAAGUCCUCAAUUUUCAUUUUCGGAAAGCAACAGAUAACAAUGACUUCUUUUAUUAAAGAAACACAAAGCAUAAAGGAAGCGGUGACUUUCAUCAAUGCGAUUGAUGUGAACAAGUUCUCCAGGCUGAUCUCACGCAUCAUACAAAAGCUUCAUCUGAAGGGAGAGCGGACAUUCAGUGAAGAGGAGGAGGAAAAACUUCAGGCUGCUCUCUCAUUGGAUAAACAGGCUCUCAAUCUUGUCCUGGAAACUGCUGCCUUUAUUCUAGAGCAGGCGGUGUAUCAUAAUGUAAAGCCGAUCUCUCUGCAGCAACAGCUGGAGGCGGUCAAUCUAAACGCAGACAAAGCUGAGGUGUUCUCUCAAACCUGGACCGCCGCCGGACCUGAGCUGGUGGAGAGGCUAAAGCAUAAUACCUUUGCCCCAAAGAAGCUCGAGUAUGUCGGCUGGCAAUUGAACCUGCAGAUGGCCCAGUCCAGCCAAGCCAGAUUGAAGUCUCCCAGUGCUGUCCUCCAACUGGGACUCCGCAAUGAAGACUCUGAGGUUCAGGAAAAUGUCUUCGCUGAGUUUGACCACCAGCAGCUGCUUGACUUCUACAACAAGCUUGAAAUCGUGCAAGGCCAGUUGGAUUCCCUGACUUGAUGCCUGGUGCUCUUUGUACAUCCACAAACAACACACUCUUUCUGUCUCUCCUGCUCUCUCUCUCUCACUCUCUCACUCACUCACUCACUCACUCACUCACUCACACACACACA